GAGUCCAAAUUUAGUUGAGAAACAGGUGUGCCGAAAAGGAGGAAUUUAUUUAGAGGAGAAGCAUCUUCCUAGCAUAAUAACAUAGCUUUCCGUCCCCUUUACCUUUAUGCUCUUGGAUUUUUUUUUGUGGAUGGCCAUGGAAAACCAAAUCAAACGAGGAGGACACAGAAACUGGUCAAAUGUAUCUUCUACCAAAAUUUCAUCAGCUCACUGGCCUUUUAGAUAUUGUGAUAUUGUAGAAGUAGAAACAUGUGAGGAAAUUUUUGGAAUAGAGUUAUGGGAUCAAAUACAGGCUAAAAAUAAAUUGGAGUGUAUAAACUCAUGGAACAGAACACAGAUGGUAAAAAGUAGACAGAUGAUAUCCAGAUGUGAAUUAAACUAUGGAAAUUCUCAUGAUCAAGCUAGAAAUCUUUUCAAUCUACUUCUUUUGAGACAUUUUGAAGACAGUUUCAUUUCACAACAAGGUGUUAGCUUGCAGCCAUUUGAGAUAUAUGUAGCUCCUGAUUGUUAUGUAGAAUAUAAACCACAGGUUGACAUAUGUUUAUUGGAUCAAACUAGCGAUAGAACCAUCUGCUUCAACAUAAUUAAAAAUUGUUCCAAGCAGAAUAUUGAAGAUAGUUUAUACCAGACAAUGUUUUGCACACUAAGUGGAUGUAGUUCAACAGCCUACUGCUUUGUAAUAAAAGAAACAUUUGGAGGAUGUUUUGAGGUGUAUGUUGGGAAGGUUAAAUGGCCGAUGGAGAUGGUACAGAUGAUGAUGAUUUGUGGCAGUGAUGUUUCUAGACAAUUGGGAUUUAAUCAUCACAUUCAUUCACGACCAAUUGUUGCGAAAUAUGCAUACCUUGGAACGAUUGAUACCAAGACAGACGAUUGUCCAACAGUGUCUCUGUUUCUGAAUACAAUAUAUUCACUGUCAUCAAUUGAUGAGCCUCGUUUUCUACCUCUCACACAAAGUAUGCAAAGUGUUGUGGACAAAAGAAAAACAACACACAAGCAUAUAUCAAAAUGUAUAUGUGAUAGAGAAAAGGUGUGCAAUCACAAAUUUGAAGAAAGCUCAUCAUUUGGCUAGAAAAUGUUUUAACAUUUUGAGAAUCACCAACCUAGCAAAGGAUUAUGUGUCUUAGAGAUUUUUCUAAGAUAAAGGUACUAGGAUAGAAAUUUCACUAUACCCCACAACCAAGGGGAAAGUACAUUGUUUUAGAACAAGAACCAACUGGAACUCUGUUUCAAGAUAGACAAAUACUCUUAGGAGUCACUUCAUGUAAUACACUCAAAACAGCAUUGUUUGUGUUUGAAGAGGCUUUGAGAAGUUUGAAUGGAACUUUUUUCCAAAAUUAACAGGCAAUACAAUAAGUAUAACGAUUAUAGUACUUACACCUACUGUCCUUUGAUUAUAUAUGUACCAAAAGCACCUUGUGGUUAUAGUAUUUUGUAGUGCAUAAGGGAUGUGCCUUUCUUUUUUGAAGUAUUUUUUGGAAAAAGUGGGCAACUCUUAAUAACUUAACCUAUUGACAUUCAUUAAGAGUAAUUUUUGUAUGGUGUUAGUAUUCAUUUUAUGCUUUGACAUCAAACUUGCGUGGAAAGGUCAAUUUAUUGUAUGAUAUGUAUCAAAAAAGUGUAAAUAAUACAAAUUUGUUCAAUUAACAAAGUAAAAGUAUGCAUGAUAUACAUUAUACAAGUUUUUUCAAACACUCAACAAUUCCAAUAAUUAAGAAAUAAAUCUGUCAUGCCAUGCUCUAUGUUUGAAUUUUAACAUGGGUAGGCUUUAUAUUUGUCAAUAUCUUUAUACAGAGCGUUAGCAAUGUGUAAAAUGUUGACAAAUAUGAUGCCUACCCAUGUAAAAAUGAGCAAAGAGCAUGGCAUGAUAAAAUUAUUUCGAUUCUAAUAGGAAAAUUAAGAACUUAUAAAUCGUCUGCAGCUGACAUAAUAGUACAUGUUCGAAACGCAGCAGUUUGGUUUGAGGAAGACAAAACGAUAUAGAAAAUUAACAAUUUCAUGAUAAAAAAUGAACAGAUACCUGUAAACUUACUUUCAGAAUGACUUUAUUUAAUUUCCUAUUCAGCAACACCAACACAAAUGUCCAUUUUGAUCUCUGAUGUUGCAAUUUCAAUUUUUACUGCCACGUGCAGCCCAUGUUUUAUUCAAAUUAGAACAUGGCUUUGUUUCCAAAUUGAAAGAAGAACGUCAUAACAUUAGGAUUUGUUUUUAGAUGUUAAUUCAUUGUGAUGAUUUUCCUAAAGCCUUUUAAAAGAAUGAUAUAAAGACCAAAUGUCAUGUUUUUUUGUCUCCAUUUUUGUCUCGCCUUGACAGAGUAAAAAAGCGAGACAUAAGUAUGCUAUUUCUGGCGUCGGUGACGGCGGAGGCGCAACUACAACAAUGUAUUAGUUUGUGAUUAGGUCUAGUUCAUGGUGAACCACUAGUGGUAGGUCAAUGAUAUUUGGUAUGCAGUUGUAUUAGCAUUGGCACAUCUCAUUACCAUGGAGAUUAUUUGGUCCCACCCCCUCAGUCAAGGUCUAUUGACUUUGAAACUUUUCAUAGUUAACAUGUAUUAGUUUGUGAUUAGGUCAAUUUAUGGGGAACAACUAGUGGUAGGUUAAUGAUAUUUGGUAUGCAGUUGUAUAAGCAUGGGCAUAUCUCAUUUCCAUGGAGAUUAUUUGGCUCCGCCCCCUUAGUCAUGGUCUAUAGACUUUGAAAAUUUUGCUAAGUUUACAUGUAUUAGUUUGUGAUUAGGUCAGUUCAAGGGGAUCCAUUAGUGGUAGGCCAAUGUUAAUUGGUGUUCAGUUGU